AUGUCAGAACAGCCUGAUUUUGACAAUAUCAAGGUAUUGUUGAAAAAUACUCCUUUGGGUGGGCUGCCACUAGACCCCGCUGCGCUAUUAGUACCCAAAACAGAAGCCACUUGGCACGCAGUGAAUUUUCUUGAUUAUGAUCUCGAAAACAUCGAUGUACCACUAGAUAAUCUUGACGAGCUUGCUGAAAGGUAUUUAGCGCAAGUACCCACGUUCAGCUGGUGUUUCAACGGGGAUUCAGAUGAGGCUUCAGAGGCUGAGCUUCCAAAUCUCGCGCGCCUAAUUUUGGACAAACUACCUGAUCCCGAACCGAUUGCGCAACAAGAAAAUGAAGAUUGCGGUGUAUCAGUGACUUCUGAAUUAUCUCCAGAAUUGCGGCCCGCUGCACCUCGCGAAAUCGUUACUGUAGCUUCGAACCUCUACCAGAUCAAAGUCAAGCGGUUUCUGUCUGAAAAAACUAUUUCUCGGCUAAUUGACCUCAACCGCAGCCUCAAUAGCGUGAAUCCUAAAGCAAUUGACCUUGCAGACGCUGAAAUUAUUGUUGAACAAGCUAUGAAGUUUUUGAACGGCGACUUAACAAUGUGUCUGGCUGCUUGCGAGACGUUACUGCACUACCGCCUCAAAAGACCCGAUGCCCUCCAUCUCAACUCGAUCAAAAAUAUAAAUGCUGCUAUUCUGGCUUUCAAAGAAGUUGUUAUUGAGAUUCCUGGAACUCUAGAAGCAUUUGUUGGUGUCGAAUGGGUAAUGUGCUUCUGGGUCAAACUGAUCGAAGACAAGAGCAUUAGCGACCAACAAAGUCUGUCUCUACUGUUGGCAGCGUAUUCUGUGAUAUUUUCUCCUAGUUUCCAAUCGUGGACCGUUGCUCCGAAAAAAUACGACGGCGUCAAUGUCCUUGAACAGGCGCGUAGAAAGUGUGCUGACCUCGUUGUAGCCUGCUAUUCUGCAUUUCCCGAGAUGAGAAAAGAAAUUAUACACGACAUCUGUAAUAAUCUCUCAAAACUCGGCAAGUGGAGGCGGGGGUUUGCUAUUUCCUUUGCUCCAGGAUCAGGUUCCAUCCACGUAGUGGUCGGUCUGGUUCUGCGAGUCAUUCAAAAAUCCGGCCAAACUCCUAUGGAGCUGUGGCACCGUGCCGCAGAAACAAGAAACAAACAGACUCUCGAGAAAGCAUGUCAAGCUGCUAAUAAAGAGGCAACUCAGUAUUGUGUGUUGCUUUCUCAAUUCCUUAUUGAGGCGUGUCACACAAGCUCCAAAGCUAGCCCCAUCAGAGUGCUGACCCAAUGUCUUGUCGAAGACAUGGCAGCAGCAUUGCCUUUUGCAGAGUGGCCUGCGAGCCAAUUAUUUAUAUCCUGUUUCAUCAGUCUUCUGUUCCACGCCAGCCCCCUAUACAUGAAACAGCGCUCAUUCAUGGUUUUCUUACUGGACAUACUUAAGACCGUCCAAAGCGCUUUAUACCACGUAUACAAGAGCCAGCCUGAUAUAUCAGUAGUGGGCACUGUUGUUGAUCAACUGGUGAGAAUGCAGAAGCUCUCAACUGCUAAUUUUUUGGCCUCGACCUUGUGUGCCCGUCCUAGUAAGUCGGUCUCUUAUCUCGAAUUUUAUGCUCGUUUGACCACUGAAUCUCCGCCGUAUAUUGGAUACAGACGUGUACCACAGUCAUUAUGGUUCAAAAUUUUGCGAACAUGGCAAAUAGGAAACUACUACGAACAGAUUAUGGAGGUGAUGCUGGCCAUCACUUACGAGGGCAACGUGGCAGAUAAGAGCCAAGUUGAAAUUCUUAAGCUAAUGGCGCAGUGUGUUGAGACGAAUUCGUCGUUUUUCGAGCGAAUUGAGGAAAAGCUCAUUUUCUGUAUCCAGAAUGGGCCACCUUCAGUUUGUGAUGGUGCAAUGCUGGUUAUCAUUCGUUAUGUUUCUGUGACAUCCAUUGAUGCCAAUAUCAACCUUAUUGAAAAGGCUAUUUCACGACUAACAAGUCCCGGGCUAGCCGCAUACAAGAAACGCUGUUCGAAAUUCUUGUUUGAAGUGUUUCUACAGACAGAUUCUAAUGAACUGAAAAUCCUUGCUUGGAAGGCCUUGCUCAGAGCUUCAGGAGAUGGAGAAGCAACCGUGUCAAAACUUGGACUUGAGUUACUUCAAGACCUGGUAUUCAACCAGAGCGCCGAGGGCUCAAAGCAGUUGCAGCUGUUGUCUAGUAUGCUUUUGGAGACGCACACAUCAGAAGCACCGUAUCCCUGGCUCCUAAAACGAUUCUUACGUCUGACAUUAGUGACUUUACCUUUUGAAAAAAGUAAACGUGAAAAUAUUCGCAACCUGGUAGGCUACUUGCUGGACUCUAUUGGUGAAGGUAGUAAACCAAACUUUUCAUCUCUGAAAGCGGCCUCUGUUAUUUUGGAAGCUAACGGAUUUUACGUGCCCACAAGUAAAAUUGCUUCUUUAUUUUCUUUGGCUUGUAGUAGCCGUGAAGGCCCCCAGCACCGACUCAUUGCGUUACGCAUGCUCAACGCAGCUCUCAGUGCGACACCCCGCAUUAUUAUCAGUCCUCGAGUGAUUGCUCAUUAUUUUCCUCUUCUAUUGAGCAAAAUGCAGAUUUUCUCCGAACCGGAGGUCGAGUAUUCUGGUCCUAUUCUCUGGGAAUUGUGUCAGUAUGGGAACAUGACCGAUCGCAAGACGCGACUGCUAUCAUUGAAAAAUCUCACAAAGAACGCAUUCUCACAUUAUGCAAAACAAAAGGACUUGAAAAGCGCAGAGACAUCAGUGGUCGUGUCCCAACUCCUACUACUCAUGACCGCAGCAGUAAGAUUCUGGGUGGGACCUGAGCAUCCCCAUCCCCUUAAGGAUCAGCUGAUUGAUACUCUGAUUAAACUGAUCAAGACUGAUAGCAGCCGUCUAAGACUUGCGUCGGUUGUCUGUCUUAUAAAAACAUGUACACGAUACCCGGAAAUGUUUCUGGAGCCCAGAGUUGCCGGCAUAUUGAGCACCGAGGUUCUUGUCAAACCUUCCAGCGAAGAAUGGAAUAUCUUCAUUCUGUUGCUGCUAGAGUUUCUCCAAAACGAGGAAGACAAGCUUGAAAUCAAAGCACAAACUGCCCCAAAAGAAAUGGGCGACAGCUUACUGCACAGCAACUCGUCCGAAGCGACACAGGAUUCUGUUGCAGCUGGACUGCUUCAAAAGUACUUGGAGCCGAUUCUUCGACGCACACUGGCAUCUGAAGAUGCAUUUGCUGCUAUUUCUGUGCGGCUGCUAACUCAGGCAAUUGAAUCUGGACGCGUGGAGGCCCACGAAUGUAUCCCUGCGGUCGUUGCGUUGACCACAGCGCAGUCUUUGGAGAUAUCCAAGACAGCACUGCGCGCAUUCACGUUUAUGGUAAGUCGCUGGCGUUCGGUGGUGGAGCAGAAACUACCAGAGGGCCUGCAGUUGGCGAUUGAAUAUCAUGAGCAGUGCGGAACAGGCCCUGUAUCGCCCAAGCUAGUUGCGAGCUUGUGGGAAAUUCUUCGCACUCAGGCGACUUCAUUGAAAACAAUGAUCCAGUGUUUGCUGAAGUCUUUCAAGCAUUGCACACCAGCAUAUGCCACUGUUGUUAUCAACUCGCUCACUAUCGCCCGGAUAGAUCAGCGGGAUGUUUCUGCUAUAGUCAAGAGCAUCGAAGACAUAUGUUACUCCUGCGACUUGUUGGAUACAGAGUAUACAUCUGAGUCUAUCGCUAUAUUUAUUGCAUUAUAUGGCUUGAGACUAGUUCUUUUGGCGAACAGCGGUGAUACCGGGGACGAAUUGCACAAACUCGACACCGGCCGAGUAAUCUCCCGGUAUGAAACCGACUUUGAGGGCGGGCGAGAGGUUUAUGAGCAGCUGCUAGACAUUGACCACUUCAAUGCAGAAACUCAAGUUCUACUCUACGGAUCGAAAAAGCGGCGUACAUAA